GGCCCGCUGGUUAAAACCGUGUGUCGGCCGUGCCGAGAGGUUCAUUUUGCGUCGGACAACCGAAACCACCCGUGGUCGAUUUUUCGCACAACGCCGCACCGUGUGUGUGUUUCUUUCCCACCCAACCCUCGAUCACCGCUGGGCCACCUGGAGACACCACCCGGAAUAAAAAGUCGGUUUUAAUCCGAGGUGUCCGUCACGGCAACCGGUUGUCCGUAUGAUCGAAAGUGUCGCAAAACGUCUAAUCAUUAGGUAAACAAGUGCUAGGUUACAGCGCUACCGCUUGUAACCCUCCCCACACACAUACGCGUUUGGUGCUCGCGAUCGCGCUAGGAUAAUAUUUAUUGACAAGUGUCUGUGUGUGUGGAAGUGUGGAAGUGUGUGCGCGUACUUUUGAAGGCCGCGCAAAUCGCUCCCUGCCGGCAAAACGGGAAGAACCGCGUGUUGUUGCAGUGACUGUGUCGGUGUAAGUGUGUACCGUGAGUGUGUGUGUGUGUAUCCUGAACGUCCUGUUUGCAGCGCGGCCUCAAGAUGAAUGUGGAAAUAACGCCCAACUAUUCGUACAUUUUCGACUUCGAGAAUGAGUUCAUCCACCAGGACACGCGCGUCUGGAUGGUGAAGAACUGGACGUACGUGUUCUACUACUGCGGCAUCUACAUGGCGGUCAUCUUUGGCGGCCAGUACUACAUGCAAAACAGGCCAAGAUUCGAGCUGCGAGGGCUGCUAGCAAUAUGGAACACACUACUGGCAAUGUUCAGCAUAAUGGGGGCCUGCCGGACAGCGCCCGAGCUGGUACACGUACUCCGACACUACGGGCUCUUCCACUCCGUUUGCGUUCCUAGCUUUAUUGAACACGACCGUGUCAGUGGUUUCUGGACAUGGUUGUUCGUGCUGUCGAAGCUGCCGGAACUGGGCGACACGGUGUUCAUCGUGCUGCGGAAGCAGCCGCUCAUCUUCCUGCACUGGUACCACCACAUCACCGUGCUGAUGUACUCCUGGUUCUCCUACACCGAGUAUACCGCCUCCGCCCGGUGGUUCAUCGUGAUGAACUACUGCGUCCACUCGGUCAUGUACUCGUACUACGCGCUGCGGGCCCUCAACUUCAAGCCGCCGCGCUCGAUCGCGAUGCUCAUCACGACGCUGCAGCUGACGCAGAUGGUGGUCGGCUGUGCGAUCAACAUCUGGGCGCACGGGUUCCUCCAGACGGCCGGCAAAAACUCGUGCAACAUCUCCGAGAUGAACAUCAAGCUGUCGAUCGCGAUGUACUUCAGCUACUUUGUGCUGUUCGCCCGCUUCUUCUACAAGACCUACCUCUCGACGAACGCGCGCAAGGGCAAGCGCCCGAUCCAGGUGACGGCCUCGUCGACCGCCACCAGCGGCCACCAGUACAUCGACAGCGGCUCGUCGCUCACCGGCAAGUCGGACGUGCAGUCGCUGCUCGCCGGCGGACAGGCCAGCAGCAAGAUAAAGGCACAGUAAAAAGGCCCCAACCACCGGCAAAAAGAGCAGUGACCCCUUGCGGCUAAACUUCUUUCCAAAGGCGUAGCAAGGGAUGAGGAGAAGGGGGGGGGGGGGCGUGAGGGGGGCAGCAGAAGCAGCAGAAGGUGGCAGUAGGUGGCGAUGCCUAGUGGUUGUGGGUGACACAUCGUAGUUCCUUCAUUUCAAUUUCAUUCCUUCUCGAGCUCUGUGCGUUGGAAAAGGAAGGGGGUUUCUAGAGGGUGGAGCAACAAAUUCCAAAUGGCAAUACAGUCGCGACACACUCAGGAGCCUCAGCCCUCCUACCCCCCCGUACCCGUACACCCGAAAGCAGUUCAUGGGGGAUUAUCCAGCAGCAGCAGCAGCAGCACCACCGAGAACCGUUUGCUCCACUGUUGCUAAUUGUUUCGGCCACCUUCUGGGUUCUACUGUAGGCGCCCCCCGCCAGCUAUAAUGGUGUGUUACAUUUGUCGCUUAGUCGCUUGAACGUCUUGUCAACCAAAACGCUCGAAAGAAGUUACAACUUUUCCCAAAAAAGAACAAAAACAAACGGCCCCAAUAUAUCCCCCCUACAAGUUGCCACACCUGGAAGACACAAAACCCGAACACGGUGUGUAAGCAAAUAGAGCACAUACCAAUAGCGCAUUACUUUAGCAUUCCUGAUGGUGGGCCCUCUUCUGUACAUGAUCGAGAGAAAGGGAUGGGAAGGGAAGGUGGGGGCAAUCUGUUUAGGGUAGAUGGUUAUGUUUUACACAUAGAAACGCUUAGAACAGAACAGAAUGGCCCUCCUGUUUGGCACGAAAAACACACAAAAUUCGACAAUGGGAAGUUAGUGAGAGACACACGAGAUCACUUCCGUCGGACAGAAAGCGACGAAUCCAAGAGAAAGAGAGAGAGAGAGAGAGAGACACUGACGACAAUUCUAAGGACGAAGAACUAUAACCACAUCAACACACACGGUACUACACGGUGCAUGACUUCAUUUCUACUUACAAAGCAGAAACUGGAAGACAGAGAGAGGAGAGAGAGCGAACACACUGCGCGGGGGGGAGAAACGGGCUACGGGGGGAGAGUUACAGAACUUUAGACACAACAAAAAUGAAAAGGGAAAAAAACAAGAAAAAAAAAACAAACAAACUAUUGAUUCGGGAUUGACGGGGUUACUUUUUUGUUUUUAGUUGUUUAGUGUACACAUCUAAUGGUAGCUAAAACACUCUUCUGUACGCAAUUUUUUUGUCUUAUGAUUUGUACAUUAUUAAGUAUGAUAAAUAUGUUUGCGUUUUUUUCUUCUUCUUUUGUUCUUCUUCUUCUCUCCUGUCCUUUCGCCGCCUGUUAUAUCGUUUCGGGAAGCUAAUAAUAUAAUUGUACGUAGUUUUCUUGUUUUCUUGGGCGGGUCGAAGAGCAGGACGAAGAACUUAGUUUGUAAAUGCGAAUGCGUGCGGCGGAUGGGAAGGGGAAGGAAGGAAGGACCCCCGGGAAGGAGUGCAGUGCUGUAGAAAGACACAGACAGACACAGGCAGGGCCCAGAUUAGGCGUUCCACAGCUUUAGGAGUUUCGUUUCCUUCUGCUUUGUUACUUUAGCCCGAGCAUCGUCCGCUCUUGGAAGGUAAAUACUAUCUAAAGUUACAUAUUAAGAAUAGCACACACACACACGGGGGGUGUACGGCAUGGCGAAAGAUAGGUUAUGUGGGGAGGGGGGGGGGGGGGGGUUAAGCAAAUCAAAGAACAGAUAAAACGGAAGUGAUUGAACAAAAAAAAAAAGUGGAUGAAAAACUCCACAAAACCGAACAAAUAGAAAGGAGGAUAACAAAGGGGAAAAAGUAGAAAUAAAUGAAGGAAUGAUACAAAUGCCCUCGAAAUCGGGAAGAAAUGUUAGGGAAAUUAUAAUUAAAAUGGGCUUUGUGUGUGUGUGUGCUGUGUUGUAGAUGAGGAUAAGGGAGGAAGAGGAAGCGGGUUGUAGUGGUAGGUGGGGGAGAGUGCGUUAGCUAUAAAUUGCUCGCGGGGUAUGUUUAACGUAGUUUAAACAACAAUAUACCACUCCACCGGGUGCUCCUAAACAUGUGGGAGUGUUGGAAGAAGAAGAAGAAGAAGAAGAAAAAAAAGAAGAAGAAGAAGAAGAAGAAGAAGGAGAAGAAGAAGAAGAGAAAAAGAAGAGGAGAAGGAGGAGUAGAAGAAGAAAAAGGACGUACGAGGGAAAACAAACGAACAACAGAAACACAUGAAACAUCUGCGCAAAGACUGUUUUCGACUUAUUUAUAAUAGAAAAGAGAGAGAAAGAGAGAAAAAAUAAACCACUGGAAAACGACAAACGGAGAGUAACAUUGCAACAAACAAACAAACAAACAAACAAACUCUGCAUAUACAAAUUCGAGCAGGAAGUAGAGAAGAGCAAACAGUAGCAGUGGGUGGGAAAACUAACACAGCAAACAAAACUUAACAGGAAAAAUACAACAAAACAAUUAAAAAACAAUGUUAUUAUUUAUGCGUUUAUCUUUUUGGUGGUGGUUCUUUUUUUUCUAAAAACUAAAUAGAUCUUUGAAUAUAUAAAAAAGAGGCGCAAAAAGAGAGGAGAUUCUUAGCUCCCCUUUGCCUCCUAGUCAUACCUACACACUACCUACACAUCAUCAUCAUUCCGUAAAUUUGGAUUACUGCAAAAAAAAAAACAAAGCGCGUGUCCGUUUACUAACAAAAUCUGCUCAAAAACACCCCAAAAGAAGGGGGGAGGCGCAUCAAAGGCAAACUGUGUUUGCGUGUGCUGUUAAUGGUGCAAUGCGAUCGUGUGACGCUUUUUGCUUCAAAAAUCAUCAUUCUUUUCGGGAAGCAUAUAGAUAAAGUGUGAUGUGAUGGUGUUCCAGCACAGUUCACCGAAGAAUCUUCGAAUCAGCAUCGAACAUCAAGCACGAGCACAAGCGAAGAAGCAUGGUGUAAAUAAUUAAUUUGCCUCAUCCCAAACGCGAGCGCGAGCGAGCAUCAUCGAACAAUAUCGAUCAAGCAACGGGGGGAGACUCAUUAUCGCUUCGUUAAAUUCUUUAGCGAAGCAUAAUAUCAGAUUGUGUGGCGAAUGGGGGGUUUGGAAAAUAAAACCCCCUCCCCCCCCGGGGGCAGAUGGAAAUAAAAGCCGAAUUACGAUGAAAAUAUUAUCUGCUGAUCGAUCCAUCCCCGCUUGCCGAACAUAUUAUACACAGCAUCAUCCUGUAAAUAUUGCUUCACUCAAUGCCAACCACACACCACCAGGGGCGUGUUAUCUGUUCCCGCAAAAUCCCGCCAGCCAAGCGCAGCGGCCAAUUUAUUAGCGCAUUUUGCAAUUUUGCCACACAGUUCGAUACACACAAAACGGUUAUUCUAGCCUGCAUUUUUUGUUUGUUUGCGCGCUGAUGGUUGAUAGGUCAUAAUUGCAUACUUGCGUUGCAUAAUGCAUGGGAAUGUGUGAGCAAUGAGCAUGCGAGAUUUAGAGUGUAACGUGAUCAUACAACGUUCAAACGGCUUACCUAGUUUGUGUGUUUAGAACAAGCGGUUAAAAGGGUGGAUAAAAAAAGGCAAACAAUGAAUGGAAAAGAUUCACGCUUUUUUGGGGGUUUUCGUACAGGGGUAUUUACGUGAAAAGCUGCAUUCCCACUUUGCAAUAGCAUGCUCAUCCAUUGGAGAAAGAAAAACACAACCUCAUUAAGCUAAACUAUUUAUCAUAAAUCAUCUGAAAGCGCCAACCAUGCAUGAGUAGUGUGCAAACUCAUCAAAUCUGAUCUGUGUCCCUGUUGGGAAGCAUAACAUUCAGGUUGAGUUUUGACUUGAAUUGAAAGAGAGAGAGAGAGAGAGAGAGAGAGAGAGAGAGAGAGAGAAAAAAAAAGUAUUGCAAAAAAAAAGAGAAAACAUUAAUUUACAAGAAGAUAAUGAGAAACAAGAUAACGAGAAGCAGAUACAGAUGUUGUGUUCAACUGGAACAAAACAAAAUGAAAGAAGAAGAAACAAAAACUAUACAGCACAGCACAGCAACUGAAAACAACAACAACAACAACAACAAAACACAAAUGUUAACAAGAGUGUGAACACAGAAGUAGGAAUUAACAGAGAGGAAACCCCGAAGAAAGAAAGCGAAAACAAGUAAACAACAAAACAUAGAAACAUAACAAAACAAGUGACAAAAUAGCCGUGACAAUUGUAUAAAACAGUAAAACCCGCUAAGGGAAUGAGAGAACUGGGAGAACAUGUAACAAAACAAAACAAAAACCUGCAAAAAAAACCGAAUGCGGAAUAUAUAAAUGAAACUGCAAGCAAUGAAGAAGCGGAAAGAGGGGACAAGUGAAAACAUAUACUGUAACUGGUUUGUUAUUGUUCUUUGAAGCAGUUAAUAGCAAAUGAGACAAACAAAACACACAGACACAAACACACAGAAAAUACGGAAACCUGUUUCUCGUUUGCUCUGGCUGUCCUGCUGCUAGUGUUUCUUUCCUUUCUGUUAAGUAUAUUGUUUGUACACCUAAACAAUAUGUAAGAUAUAAUUGAGAGAAGAACAAAAA